UGGCGCGAAAGAUUGCAUUUCGUUCGAAGAAGCUCUUCGUAAAUUUGCGAGAAUUCAAGCCUUAACAAUCAUUUCAAAAUGGCAAUAUCCUUAUCAGAGGGGGCUAUCCAUGAUAUCAUCACCAAACCUGCAGAACAACAUCCACCGAAACCGGUCGUCCAGGUUCUAGGAGUGAGGAAAAUCCAAGCCAAUCAAGCAGGAAAGGGAACAGAUAGAUACAGAUUGAUCCUAUCAGAUGGUGCACUUAUCCAUACCUCUGCCAUGUUGGCCACACAGCUCAAUGACAAAGUAACAGAAGGAGAAAUAGAAAUGAAAGCAGUGAUAAGGCUGGACAAAUAUAUCUGUAACAUCAUCCAAGAGACAAGGAAAGUCUUGAUUAUUUUGGAUUGUACCAUUGUGAAAAAAGCAUGUGAUGUUCCUGGAAAAAUUGGUAACCCCAAGAGUUCUGCAGAUUUAAAUAGCGGACAGCAGCAGGCACAGGAAAAUGGACACCAAAAAUCUGAAAAUGGUUCAUUUGGUGGACGUCAGAAUGCUCCACCACAGAGGCAACCAAUGCAGCAACAAGGAAGAGGUUUUGGUGGAGGUGGCAAAUAUGGAAGCCAUCAGCCAGUCAACCGUGGUGGUGAUGGGCACAAGACUGUGUUCCCAAUCUCUGGACUCACUCCUUACCAGAACAGGUGGACGAUCCGUGCAAGAGUAACAUCCAAGUCUGGUAUCAGGACCUGGAACAACUCUAGGGGAGAGGGGCGUCUCUUCAAUGUUGAACUGGUUGAUGAGUCGGGUGAGAUAAGAGCUACUGGUUUCAAUGAUGCCGUGGACAAGUUUUAUGAUCUGCUGGAGGUCAACAAGGUGUACUACUUCAGCAAAGGAUCCUUGAAGACCGCCAACAAGCAAUACUCUUCUCUGAAGAAUGACUAUGAAAUGUACUUGAACAAUGACACUGUUAUUGAAGUGUGUACAGAGGAGUGUGAUUUACCAACCAUCAUGUACAACUUUGUGAGCAUCUCCGAUCUAGAAAAUAUCAAUAAAGAUACUAUGGUUGAUAUUUUGGGAGUUUGUAUCAAUGCUGCAGAUGUAACUCAAAUUACAACCAGAACAACAAACAAACAGGUUUCAAAGAGAGACGUGACGCUGGUUGACAGGUCAGAGAAGAGUGUAACUGCAACCCUGUGGGGUGAAGAGGCUGAGAAGUUUGACGAACAUGUUGGUAAGACACCAGUAUUGGCCAUCAAGGGUGCCAAGCUAUCAGACUUUGGAGGACGAUCCUUGUCAAUCUUGAACUCUUCCAAUCUCAGAAUCAAUCCACUGGACUUAAAAGAAGCCAUGAGCCUCAGGGGAUGGUAUGACAAUACAGGCAAGAAUAAUGAGCUGCAAUCAAUAUCUAAUCAGCGCUAUGAUGGAGGAUCAGGCAAGAUGAAGUACUUAUCUCAGAUCAAGAACGAGCAGCUUGGAAUGGGAGAGAAACCUGAUUACCUGUCUGCCAAGGGAGUGUGUGUGUACCUCAAGAGAGAGAACUGCUUGUAUCAGGCAUGCCCAACAGACGAAUGUAAUAAGAAAGUGAUUAUGGAAGAUGAUGGAUUUCGAUGUGAGAAAUGCAACAAAAAAUUCCCAGAUUUCAAGCACCGUCUCAUUCUAUCUGCUCAUUUAGCAGAUUUUACUUCCAGUCAGUGGGUGACAUGCUUCCAGGAGUCUGCUGAGAUGAUCCUUGGUCAUACUGCUAAAGAAGUUGGAGAACUAAGAGACAGCGGGAAUGAAGGUGCAUUUGACCAGCUGUUUGCUAAUGCAGAGUUUAAGAGCUAUGUCUUCAAGAUUAGAGCCAAAAUGGAAACCUACAAUGAGGAGACCAGACUCAAAUGCUCUGUGGUUGGCGUCAAACCAGUAGAUUACAAACAGGAUUCCAAGAGACUGCUAGAGGAUAUCCAGAGGCUAAUGAGCCUGUAACUGAUCUGGUCGGGAUACAGUACUAAUUUAAGAUAUAUGGACAGACAGACACAGUUUUCUACUCAAGUCAUACACUUUACUUCACUAACACUAAUAACAGACAAACGUUAAUGUACACAAGAAUUUAAUGGAGGAGAUGCACAACUUUGUAGUUACGCCAUCAUAAUCCUACUAAUAGACUACAUUAUAGUGGCAUUUACUACUACUGAGAGAAGUCUUUUCACACUUAAAUCAUAUGUAUAACAGACUACUAUAAUAGACCAGUUUUGAGUUUCAAAUCACUGCUGUGAUCCUUAAUUACAGACUCAUUUACUCAGGGUCAGCCUUGAAUCAGUGUCUAAAUAUUCACAAAUACCAAUGUAAAAGUAAAGAAUGCACAACUUCAACAAUACAAACACUUUGAAAUUCCACGGACCUUCACUGGAACACAUGAAUAUUCUACACGAAGGCGAGCCUAACCCUGAGCAACAGAGAAAUAGAAACUGRAGUAUUGAGUUCAACUGAGAAAAUGAUAAAGUUAUUGUUAGUUAUUGGUGCUAUUUUCUUGAGUGGUUGUUAAGUAUAAAGGUGUUUUUGCCGCUUGGAUAGUUCUUUAAAGAUUUGAUUUGUGUUUCUUCAAGCAUAUUUUUCUCACAAACAAAUUUCAAGCUCCAGGCGAGAUUUGAACCCAUCAGGAGCUUGAUUUUUUUCUCCCGAGAAAAUUAUGCUUGAAGAAACACAAAUCAAAUCUUUAAGUCGAAUUUUGUUGCACAAGCCUGUAGAUAUGGAAUGCAGACUAACUUAAAGGCCGAUCUUUGUUUACGUUUUUUACUCAUUAGCAUUAAAAAAAUUUCAAAUGCAAGCUACAAGCAAACCGACUCCAGAAAUCAAAAGAGUGUCUUGUUUAGUAACUACUGAAAAUUUGAGAGUAAUAUGUUCAAUAUUUUGGGAGUAAUUUUUUUUUUAAAAACACUAUAAAUUACAAAAAAAAAGUAUGGUUGUGUUGCAAGCCUGCUUAUAAAAACUCAUAGACAAAGAAACAUAAAGCGUACCAAAAAACAAUACCAGCUUAUUUUACAAGAUUAUUAGUUUGAUUAAACCAUAUAAAUGUA